ACACGCUCUCGGCCGCGGGAGAACAGCACACGCUGUGAACUGUUCCCUUACUUCGUCACAACAGAGAGGGAAGUGAUCUCAGCUGCGACGCGAUUGGUCAGACUCGGAGCGGUAUUCCCAACAGUUCGAGUUCACAGUCGGGGUAUGGAUUGAGGACCGUCUACAGUACUUCACAACAGUCAUUGGGGGUCAAUGUUGACAAUUUAUGAUCGUAAUUUGGUGGGGUCCGGCUCUCGGUCGGACCCCCAAAUACCUGCCGAUCCACCCACAUGGAUUACUGCACCAAGGAGGGAGCAUAAACUACUUACAGUUUGACAAUUCAAAAAUAUAUAUGCCGGCGUUCAAGUGGAAUCGGUUCGGAUAUAUAGCGGGUAGUACACCCAGUGUUCUUGUAUCCAAGACUGUUGGUGACGACCGCAUGAACGCCUCCAUCUACCGACCCGUGGGUCCACUACUGUAAACUUAUUGUGUCGCCGUCUUGGUAUGGCCAAACUCUACCCUAGGGUUAAGACCGCGUCAGCUGUUCUAGAGCUACUCCUCCUUGUGUGUGUGAUUCUUAUCAACGCCAAAACCCCAAAAUAUGAAUUUGAAAUUGAUUUUCAACAUAAGCCUGUCCCUUGGCACAAGUGUCCUCAAGAUUGGAUCAAAUAUGGCGGCAAAUGCUACAAGGUGAUAUUGGACUCUGCCACAUGGGACGAAGCAAAGAUAAUAUGUAAAAGUUACGGAGGAACUCUUGUGAAGAUUAAAGGCUUCAAUAAGAACAAAGGGAUCGCCAAAAUAAUCAAGGAUCUCCUCAAAGGCGACUCAGUGAAGAUAAGCGCGGCUGCCGCUCAGUACACAUGGAUAGGGUUCCAGCGGGCAUCAAAUGGCAGCUACGCUUGGUCAGAUGGCGAGACGACUGCUGAACAACAAGGCUUCUGGUCUGAGGGAAAUCCACUUCCAUACAAACAUGGAUCCAGCCCUGACAAGUGCACGGACGUUGACCUCCUGUCCUCCAAGUAUGGAGAGUUCCGCUGGAGUCUGCGAGGUUGUGAGAAGAAGAAGCCGUUUGUGUGUGAAGUGAGAGCAUGUAACAAGCACAGCCAGCGGUGUGCCGAUGGCAAGAAGUGCUACUGUAAAUACUGCAGGUGUGAUGGACAGCAGGACUGCCAGGAUGGGUCAGAUGAGUGGGACUGCGACCAUGGUCGCCAGUGUGGGGGAGAGCUGUCCGGAGCAAGUGGAACAUUCCAUACAACCAACUUCCCAAAGAAAUACCCAAAACAUACAAACUGUGUGUGGAGGAUAGCCACACCAGUGGGUACCAAGGUCCAGUUAGAGUUUGUCAACUUCGAUGUGGAAUCCAAGUAUGACAGUGCCAUGGUGUAUGACGGUGCCGAUGACACGUCACGCCAGCUGGGGAAAUUUACCGGAAACAAGAGACCAGUCGUGCCCCUCGCUUCAGGAAACUUUCUUCUUGUCAAAUUCAAAUCAGAUCAUUCCAAAGAAAAGUAUGGCUUUAACGCAACAUGGAAUGCAGUAACAUUCAGUGGGACCCAAGACUCCUGUGGCGGGCAGCUGAGUGCGAGACGCCCGGAGGCGUGGUUCUCCUCACCACAAUACCCCAACGAUUACCCCGAGAGUAUUGUGUGCGACUGGACAAUCACGGCAGAGAACUCAGGAGAUAUUGUCACCCUGCAGUUUGAAGAUUUUGAGUUGGAGAGUCCAUAUGAUUGGGUGGAGGUCCGAGAUGGGUCCAAUGAAGAUGAUGGACUGUUCGAGAGAUUCACCGGUGACAAUCUGCCAAAGAUCAUCAUGUCCAGUGGCCGGAGUCUGUUUGUGAGGAUGAAGACCGAUUUUGCCUACGUCCUCCGAGGCUUCAACGCCACCUACAGCAGCGGUUGUGAUGUAACAAUCCGGUCUGGACAUGCGAAGAUUGAAUCUCCUGGGUACGGCGUCAGUAACUACCCGAAUGACAUCAACUGUUUUUGGCGCCUCUUAGAUCCUCAGAGGAGAGAACUGUCGCUCAUAUUUCAAGCGAACUUUGAUACUGAAACCAGUAUUGAUCAAGUAUUUGUGUAUAACACUAGUCAGGAAGUGACAGGUUCACAUGCCAGCAUACACUCAGGGAGAAUAUCACCGAGGCCAUCGCGGACUGGCGUGGGAGAGUUUUUUGUGCGUUUUACCACAGAUGAACGAAUCACACGACCUGGAUGGACUGCAGCCAUUUCAUUUGACUGCCCUGCUCUGGAUGUGUCCAGUCCAUUGAACAUCAACACAACCGAGACGGCGUACAGCACCGUUGUCAGCUACUUCUGUGAUGAGGGCUUCCUUCGUGAGGGGGCUGCUAAUGUUAUCUGUGAUAUGGGGGGCUUUUGGCGGCCAGAUAAACUACCUGUAUGUAUAGAGAUCGACUGUGGUUCCCCUGGCGUGCCGGCCAAUGCUGUCCUUGUUACUCUUGACAAGACCACAUUUGGAGGGGAGGCAAUCUACCAGUGUCUGGAGGGCUACAAUCUGAUUGGUCAGAACCAGGUCACAUGCAGUGAGCAGGGCUGGUCCCCACUUCCUGUCUGUGAAUUGGUUACAUGCCCAAAGGUGCAGGCACCUGUUAACGGCCGUGUUGACGCUGAAGAGAACCACUAUGGCGCUGUCAUCACCUACUACUGCAACAAUGGCUACCACCUGGUUGGAUCUGCACAGGCUUACUGCACAGCGGAUGGCACAUGGUCUGCUGUGGCGCCCACAUGUCAGCCUGACCAGUGUCCAGCUAUUCAGGGAGUGACCAAUGGCCGACCUAAUGUGACUGGCCCCGUCAAAGUCGGGGAGUCAGUUAGUAUCGACUGUAACCAUGGAUACAGGCCAGACAAAGAUAAUGUUCUCCUGUGUCAGGAGGAUGGGUUAUAUGACAAGAAUGUACCAGCUUGCCUAGAUAUCAAUGAGUGUACAGAAGAAGGCCUAAACACGUGUGACUUCCACCGCUGUGUGAAUCAGGAUGGGGGAUUCACGUGCCAGUGUGAAGCUGGCUACCAACACCCUGAUGGCGACCGGACCCGUUGUGAAGACAUCAAUGAAUGCGAUUCCACCAAUGGGGGGUGUAACCAAUUCUGUAACAACAGUCCCGGCAACAUGAGCUGUUCCUGUAUCGACGGCUACUUCCUCUACCCUGGACCAGACUCCGCCAACAUCGACGGCCAACUCCUUGUUCCAGGGAAGACUUGCAUAGCCACAUGUUCUGGGUUCAAUGUGACGGAUGGGAAGGUGUUCAUAAGAGGAACGCCUCUCCCCAGUGGAGAGUACAUCCACCCGGCUGUGGCCUACAUUGACUGUCAGCCAGGCUACGUUCCUGACGGACCGGGCAAUGUCACCUGUCAGCUGUCGGGAGGCUGGACGGCGACUGUCACAAGGUGUACAGCAACACUAUGCCCCCACCCCGACAACCCUCCAAAUGGUGACGUGGUGUUCUCCAGCCUGGAGCCGGGCGGCAUCGUCAGCUACUCCUGUGACUUUGGCUUCAUCCUUGUGGGACCAGACCAACGAUUCUGUGAGCUUCAAGUGGACCCAACCACCGGCAUCCCCAGACAUGACUGGUCCGGAGACAAGCCAACAUGUGAAGCUGUGGACUGUGGUGUACCAGCCCGACCUGAGAAUGGGGAAGUUCACUACUCUGGCACAGGCUACAAGUCUGUCGCGACCUUCACCUGUCUGUGUGGCUACAUCCUGGAUGGCUCGGCAGUGCGGACGUGUCAGGCGGCGGGUAGUUGGAGCGGCAACAGAACCCACUGUAAUGUUCGAUCAUGUCCCCGAGUGUCUUCUCCGGCUUAUGGUUCCAUUGUUGGUGCAUGGGAGACGUUUCCUGUCGGGUCAGUGGUCAGCUUCCAGUGUGACCGACCAGGAUACCAGCUGUCAGAUCCAUGGCCCCUGGAAUGCAUCGCUGACCCUCAUCUGCGGAUCUCCUUGGAGAAACCGGACUAUCUCAUCUCCCUGUCCGUGGACUACCAGGCUGCUGCCUCCAUCUCCCAGCACUGCGUGGAGUACUAUGGCUGGGAGAGUGUGAGGAACCUACAGGCUUACAAGGCACAACUCCAGCUUCUCUGUACGGACCAUGGGCAGCCAGUCAUCAACAUCUACCAGACCACCCAUGGAUCUGCAGCUGGCAGUGUGGUAAGCAUCCAAGGAAGUGUAGGGUUCCAGGUGCGCGAUGGCGAGGCAAUUGCUACUGCCUGUCAAUGUGGUAGUGCUGUGCUUGCCGCUCUGGUGGGACUCCAAGACCUGAGCAUGAUGGACAUCACGGCGUCUGCGGAACUAGGGUGCCCGGCUGUGUCCGCCGUCAGUGGCAGCAUCUCCUCCAACACAAGUCAGUGGAAGUGCCCACCGGGGCUCAUCCUAGACAAUGGCAACUCAGCCUGUGGAGAAAACACUCCUAUGUGCCUCAAAAAAUGCCUGGAAGAGCUGGAACCAACGCCCAUCCCUACUACCUCCAUCACCUUCAUCCCAACAUCAACCACUGUCACCUCUCCUGCUGCACCAGAAGCAACUACAGACACAGAACAAACCACAACAAGGCCUCUGACGCCAACAACACAGGCUGUCCUAAGUUCCACUACAGGAUCCCAGACAACACAGGGCCCUUCCACACAGGCACCCACUACUGGGGGCCCUUCCUCACAAUCACCAACAGCAGCUCAAACAUCCACGGCUCAGCUACCAACAUCUCAAAGCCCUACUACAGAAAAGCUGACAUCUCAAGAUCCAACAACUCAAGACCCUGCAACACAAGGCCCAACUACCCAAGGUCCUACAACUCAAGGCCCAACUACACAAGGCCCAACAACACAAGGCCCAACAACACAAGGUCCAACAACACAAGGCCCAACAACACAAGGUCCAACAACCCAAGGCCCAACAACACAAGGUCCCACAACUCAAGGCCCAACAACUCAAGGCCCAACAACUCAAGGUCCCACAACACAAGGUCCAACAACUCAAGGCCAAACAACUCAAGGCCCAACAACACAAGGCCCAACAACUCAAGGUCCCACAACACAAGGCCCAACAACUCAAGGUCCCACAACACAAGGCCCAACUACACAAGGUCCCCCAACACAAGGCCCAUCUACUCAACGCCCAACAACUCAAGGCCCAACAACACAAGGCCCAACUACACAAGGUCCCCCAACACAAGGCCCAUCUACUCAACGCCCAACAACACAAGGACCAACAACUCAAGGUCCCACACAAGGCCCAACUACACAAGGUCCCCCAACACAAGGCCCAUCUACUCAACGCCCAACAACACAAGGCCCGACAACUCAAGGUCCCACAACACAAGGUCCCACAACACAAGGCCCAACUACUCAAGGUCCAACAACACAAGGCCCGUCAAUCACUACAAGUCCAUCUUUGCCAGAAGUGACUGUGCCAGUGUUUAUAGUAGAGGUCUUUGACUCCAUCGAGGGCAUCUUCAGCAACUCCUGCAUUGACAAGGUGCACCUGGCGGUGAACAGCAAGGUGAACCAGCUGCCUACCCUCUUUAAUGUACCUGCAUUAGGGCACUGUGCCGGAACCUCCGACAUCUAUGUCACCCUCCUGGAUGGUAGGAUCAACUUCAGCACCAACAGGGCAAACGUUGCAGUAACCUAUGGUCUCAAAUACAACACAUCCUCAAAGGAGUCAGUUGAAGCAUGUGCUGCCGAAUUCAUCAUCUUCACUCAAGUGGAGCUUCCCAAACUCCUUCGCAUGAUCCAAGACGAAGUCAUCCCCACCUUCUGCAGCAACGUCACCUACAUCAGCCCUGGCUGCAACAUCACCCGCAAUGAAUGGGGAUGUGAGGAAGGCUUCAUCCUGGAUUCCGCUGAAUGGGUUUGUGUCCGUGGAACCACGGCCAUUGUUUCCACGCCAGCUUCAACUACAGCUCCACCAGCUCCAGAACCUGUCCCUACUGUGCCAAGGAUGAUUCUGACCCUCCGGGGGAGCUUUGUGUCGAGUGGUCAUGUGUCAGAGUAUUGUAUCGCUCAGUACCAUUCUGCCCUCAUAACAGAACUCAGAUGGAUGGAAGCUCACGUUCAAACCAUACUGUCGGAAUUUUGUAAGGAUGUCUUUGUCAGCGUUACAGAGAACUUGACUCUGUCAGCGGAUGGGAAUAAUAAGAUCAAUGGGGUCAGCAGACUGCACUUUUAUCCACUUUCGGAAAGCGUCGAUCACUCGAAGAUGUUAGUCUGUUACGGAUAUGCUGCUGGACAGCUGACGGAGCCCAAGCUCCACCUGACAACCUUGACCUUGACCGGCAACAAGACCCACAACUGCAGUGACAUCAAACUGUCACCAGAGAAACUGGAGACAUCAAACUCUGAUGUGGAGAUCUACUGUCCCGAUGGCUAUGUGUACGAUAAGGACAACUUCAAGUGUAUCGAAGAGAAUGUCCCGACCUUUGUGAUGACUGCAACACUGAGAAUGGAAGUGUCUCAGAAUGCCACGAUGUGCACCAACCAGCUUGCGGUCAGCACAGGGUCAGCUAUCAAGACCGUGGUGACCCAAGUGAUGGGCAGUCUACAGAACAGGACACUGUGUGAUGCCACCUCACAAGUACUGCUUCAGCUGAAACAGGGACAGAUUGCACCGAGCAGGAAGGAGGUGAUGAUAUUGAUUCCGUUUGGGUUGCUGAGUAUGUCGGCAGUGAAGAGUGAUGUCCAGAAAUGUGCCGCAAGACUGAAGACCUAUUUGGGGGAGAGCCUGGAGCGGACUCUGACCUCGUUGCCGACCCAGGUGACUCCUUUCUGUGGCCCCACGUCCAUCAUCAAAAACAGCUACAGGGUGACGAAAUCAGAAUGGACCUGCUUUGGAACACUCAGCUACCACUCAUCUUCUGGGAUGUGUGAGGAGCAGGGCAGCAAGACCAAAGGCCCAGGAAACUCCCCUCGCAGGAAGCGCAGUUCUGUCUACAGUAACCUGAAGAUCCACACCUUCAACCAGGACAACAGCCCACGAUGGAACACCUCACUUCCCCUCUGUCAGGACGCCCAGGCCCCGGUCUUCACUGACUGCCCCACGGGGAAUAUUAAGGUGGAGCUGGGUCCUAAUGGGCCGGUUCCUGCCAACAUCACGCUGCCAACAUUCUCGGACAACUCAGGGGCCACGCCCACUGUCACCUACACCCCUGCUGACUUCAGAUUGCCCUACCUGUUCACAAAGAACAUGACGGUGACUGUUGCAGCCACUGACUCAGUGGGAAACGUGGGCACCUGUCCCCUCCAUGUGUUCCUGGUCGAUGUGACCCCGCCCACUGUCAUCUGCCCCAGCUCUGUUGUGGUCGAGCUAUAUGACACCGACACACAGGAUGUUCAGAUGAGAUUCCAGUCCCAGCCAAUCAACGCCAGUGACUACAGUGGUAUUGAAAGAAUUGAAUACUCACCACCAGAGGGCACUGUCAUACGGAUGCUCAAGCCUAUUGAAAUAACUGCCACAGUGUACGACAAUGCUGGCAACAUGGCUUCCUGCUCUUUUGUAUAUGAAGCUCAACCCGAGGAGUGUCCUGAGUGGUCCCUCCCGACCCCCGAGGGCGGGGACAAGGCGUGUACAGGCAACGUGGUGGGCAACAAGACAGCCUUCAGCUGUCACCUCCAAUGUCCGCCAGGGAUGGACUUCGUGUACCAGCCUCCAUUACAGUAUAUUUGUGAGCUGGGCGGGACCUGGUUCCCUCAUAACAUUGUCCCAGACUGUACAGACAAAGUCGCACCUGACUAUGACCUUGACCUUGACUUUGAGUUUGAGUACAAUGGCAACAACAGUGAGAGCUGUGUGUUCCACCUCAAAGACAAUAUUCUGGAGGCGCUGGGUCCAGUAAUCACAGAACCAUGUGCUGCCGCGAGCGACCUCCUCAACAUCACCUCCACCUACUCCAUGUCCAUAGAAACCACAAAGGUGACCGUCAAGGUCAAGGUCUACAUACAAAUGGUGAAGCCCAAGGUUCCUCCAUACGAUCUGGCCUCCGCCUGUGGGAAACUCAUCCUGGAGCAGGCAAACACCACCAACCUUGACAUACACAUAGAGGGCUGUGGCAACGCCACCUACAGGCCACCUUGUACAGGAGGGGGAGAUAACCAGUGUCCGCCAGGCCACAUUCCAAGGGAAGAGUAUUGUUUGGAAUGUACGAGAGGCACAUUUGCCAACCUGACCUCUGGUCAGUGCCAGAGCUGCCCGAGGGGCUCCUACCAAGAUGAGGCUGGACAAGCAUCCUGUAAGCCAUGUGCCACAGGGACAUCGACAGAACAGGAGCAGUCUGUAGCAGAGUCUCAAUGUCUAGCACAAUGUCCACCUGGGGAGUCGUCGCCAUCUGGCUUGGUGCCCUGUAGCCAGUGUGAGAAAGGAUGGUACCAGCCUGACGUUGGCGCCACUCAGUGUGUCAAGUGUCCAGGUGACCAGUCAACAGAGCAACCAGGCGCCGACACAGUUGAUAAAUGUUUCGGAGAGUGCCGGCCGGGCUAUGUGAGCUGUUGUGGGGUGGAGCCCUGCUACCCCUGCCCCAAGAACACCUACAACGACAAGUAUCGCAGCACCUACUGCAUACAGUGCCCCGAGAACACCAUCACCGUGGACGUCGCCAGCAACAGCAGCACGCAGUGCAUCGUUGUGGAUCAGUGUGAAGGUCACAGCUGUGUUAAUGGUGCCACCUGUUUGAACAACGACACCUUCUACACCUGUGAUUGUCUACCUGGCUUCACAGGCUCCUUCUGUGAGACUGACAUAGAUGACUGCGCAUCUCAGCCCUGUGUGAAUGGUGGCACGUGCGUGGACGCCGUCAACAACUUCACCUGCUCAUGUCCUCCAGGAUAUGAUGGGGGCUGCUGCGAGAUGGUGACGGACGAAUGUCAGCCCGACCAGUGCAUCAAUGGUGUGUGUGUUGAUGAACACCUCGCAUUCCGCUGUGAAUGCUAUGAUGGUUUCCAGGGCAACCUGUGUGACGUGAACACUGAUGACUGUGACGGCGCUCCAUGCCUCAACAGCGGCGUGUGCCAUGACAUGAUCGCUGACUACUUCUGCGACUGCACAGGGACAGGGUUUGAAGGGAAGAACUGUGAACACAACAUUGAUGACUGCUGUGUGUGCAGUUGCCUCAAUGGUGCUACCUGCAAUGACCUCAUCAACGGCUUCAACUGCUCCUGUGCACCAGGUUAUGAAGGUAAUCGGUGUGAGGUGGACAUCAACGAGUGCAACUCUCACCCGUGUGAGAACGAUGGCCGAUGUGAGAACCUCCCGGCUGACUACAACUGUAUCUGUCAGCCUGGCUACACUGGUGUGAACUGUGAGACUGACAUUGAUGAGUGUGAAGCUAAGCCAUGUGAGAAUGGUGGCACCUGCAACGAUCUCGUAAACGACUACCGCUGUGACUGUAGCUCAGGUUACGACGGGCGAAACUGUGAGAUCAACAAAGACGACUGUGACCCCUACCCCUGCUCCAUACAGGGUACCUUGGAAUGUGUCGAUGGUGUUAAUGAGUUCACAUGUGACUGUCUGCCUCUGUUCACAGGCACUCUCUGUGAGACGCAGUUAGAUGCCUGUCAGACAGACAAGCCCUGCGCUAGUGGCGCCACCUGUGUUCCAAAUGGAGACACAUUCACUUGUUCCUGCCCGCCAGACUACACUGGAACUCUCUGCUCAACAAAGAUUGACAACUGUGCCUCCAAGCCUUGUCUGAACAACGCCACCUGCAUUGAUGGUGUCUACAACUACACCUGCAACUGUUCAUCUGGGUUCCUUGGCCGCAACUGUGAAGUCAACAUCAACGAGUGCGACUCCAGGCCCUGUCAGAAUGGUGGCACCUGUAACGACAUCAUCGAUGGAUUUACAUGCAGCUGUUUACCUGGUUUUAACGGCACCCAGUGUGAGACUGAUGUUGACGACUGUGCCAGCAUGCCCUGUCAUAAUGAAGGAACGUGUGGGGAUCUCGUCAAUGACUAUCAGUGUGACUGUGUUAGAGGUUACACGGGCAAGGCGUGUGAGACUGAGAUUGACGAAUGUGCUGUCCGGCCAUGUGAGAACGGGGCGACGUGUGUGGACGGUAUUGGUACAUUCGAGUGUGAAUGCCCCGAGGAGUUUGAGGGGCAGCUGUGUGAGACGACCAUAGAUGACUGCGCCUUCAACAACACAUGUCUGAACGGAGCUACCUGUGUCGAUGGAUGGAGAGCCAUCACCUGUGUCUGUCCACCACUGUUUGGAGGGGAAGACUGCGGAAAAGAGAAGUCAGAUGACUAUGACCUUCAGUGCCAAGGUCGGAAUGGAUCCGUGUGUGAGCCACCUCCAGUUUAUGUUGGCACCAAUCUGACUGAACUUACUCUCUGUGUCUGGGUCAGGUUUGGGGAACUUGGCGGCAAUGGCACUUUCCUUUCUUUGAUGGAGAUUAACAAACAAAAUGAAGAAGCUGGUGAUGAAGGAGCCAGAGCAAUGGUGGAAUUAUCUGGUAACCAGGCAACCAUUGACCUCUUCAAUGACCUUGACACUGUGGAAGUUGACCUUGCCAGCAAUGAUGGUCAGUGGCACCAUGUAUGUUUCUGGUGGACGUCCGGGGAGUGGAACUUGUGGAAGGAUGGGGAGCUGCGAGAGAGUGGGGGUUCCUACGGCAACAGCAGAAAACUCCCACAAUGGCUUCAAGUGGUCGCUGGUCAGAAGUUCGAGGCUGAUGAUGACGACCACCAGUUCCGGGGGGAGGUGAGCCAGGUGAACGUCUACAGCUCUGUCCUCAACAACUCCUUCAUCCAGUCGAUGGCUGCCAACUGUAGCGGUCUCCGGCUGGCCGGUGACAUCUACAACUGGGUCAUCUUUGGUGACUACAUCCGGAACGACGUCAUCAUCGUGGCACCAGGACUGUGUGGGGAGUCUGAGUGCCCUCCAGGUUACCGAGGGACCUACUGUGACAUCAAAAUUGACAAGUAUCCCCCAGAGGUGGAGUACUGCCCAGAGGACAUCCUAGUGGUCAACAGCGACAACCGUCUCAGCGUGGUGGAGUGGGAGGAACCUGUUUUCACAGACGAUGUUGGUGUUGUCAACAUUGAACAGACACACCGAUCAGGUCAGACCUUCGCCUAUGGGGAGUACAUCGUCAGCUAUGUCGCCUACGAUGCCGAGAACAACUCAGCAGAAUGUGAAUUUGACAUCAUAGUCAAGCCCUUUGACUGCAUUGAGCCUCCUGCCCCUCUGAAUGGUGGCAAGGCGUGUCGGGCGUGGCAACAUGGACACUACUGCUCCAUCGCAUGCUUCCCCAACUAUGAGUUUGUGGAAUUUCCACCCCCGUUUUACCGCUGUGGAAAUGAAGGAUUCUGGGACCCCCCGCGAGGCAGCCCCUUUCUGUUCCCAUCAUGUGCAAUGCCAUACCCACCAGCAUCCAGCAUCCUAGGAGGAGGGGUGGACUUCAGCGGCCCUCAAUGUACCGAGGAUUUCAAGACUCAGCUGCGAGACCGAUUCAUCGCCAUCAUGCGUCAGCUGGAUGAGCGUAUUGGGCUUUGUACGCCUAAGGAGUGCUCAUAUGACAACAUCAACGUGGAGUGUGGCAGCAGGAGGAGGAGGAGAGACACCUCCGGUGUUGUCUUCCACGUCUCCUUCGCGGUUAAUCUGUCAGCCAAUGGCAAUGCCCUGGAGAAUGAGGGAGACACCUACAUCGCUGAGGAGCUGGAGAACACAGUGAAGCGGGGCGAUUUCAACUUCAUGAACUUCACGGCUGACGUGACGACGCUGAACGUGAAUGUGGAGCUGCAGUGCCUGGCCGGACAGAGUCUCACCACCAUCAACCAGACCAAGAAAGUCUGCUUGGACUGCCCAAUGGGAUAUUUCCUGAAUGAGACGACCGGUGACUGUGAGAUAUGCCUGGAGGGAACGUACAACGGCGCUGACAGACAGACUGAGUGUACAGCCUGUUCCCCUGACCACACAACAGGUGCCCCCGGAGCUGUCAACUCCUCACAGUGCUUUGCUGUGUGCCGUGCUGGUCAUUUCUAUCACUCUGUGGCUGGUCGCUGCGAACUCUGCCCCCUAGGAGAGUAUCAGAAUGAGGCUGGACAGACAUCGUGCAAGUCGUGUCCCCCGGGGCAGUCCACCGAGGCAACGGGAACAAUCGACCCAGAGGACUGUGCUUAUCUGUGUCGGCUUGGUGAGGAGUUGGGAGUAACGGGUAAAUGUCAGCCAUGUCCCAUCGGGUCCUUCCGAGAGUCCUUCUUGACUGACUUCUGUCAGCUGUGUCCGUAUGGCUGGACCACGGAGAAAGAGGCGUCCACCUCCAGUACUGACUGCUCUGUUGUUGAAUGUUCAAGAGGCGAGUAUCGCACAGAAGACAAUGAGUGUCAGUCAUGUCCGAAGGGUACCUACCAACCCAAGCGUGGAGCCACUUCCUGUAUUCCGUGUGGGCCGGGUCUGACCACGCCUGGUGUGGGUGAGGUGUCCGAGGACCGAUGUUACCCUGGACCCGUCAACGAGUGUGAACUCAACACCGACAACUGUGACAGUAAUGCCCUCUGUGAGGACAUACUAGAGGGAUUCAACUGCACCUGUAAGAAGGGUUUCCAUGGCAAUGGAACAUACUGUGUUGACGACUGUGAGGGUUACUGUGGCGACCAUGGCACAUGCCACAAGGACAACCAGGAGGCAGUAUUCUGUAUCUGCAAUGAUGGCUAUAGCGGAACCCAGUGCCAGGAAACGUCAGGUCUGUCGGGGCUGACCGAUGCCAUGAUUGGGGGGAUAGCUGGAGCCACAGUGGCACUGGUCCUUCUGCUGGUGGUGGUGGCUGUGUGCUUCUACAGGUCACGCCGUGGUGGCAAGGAGUUGGUCAAUGACCGCAUCUACCGAGACACAAAACCUCCUGUAGCCUUCCAGAACAAUGCUUACGAGUCUCUUGACCGAACACCAUCGUCAAUGCUGAGGCUUGAGUCCAGCUCCAACUCCUCAGACGCGCAGCCUUGGAAGAGAAGCGUGUUCUCCAACCCCGAUGAGGUAGACUCCCAAGUAAUUUUCUCAUCUCACUUGUGAAUGCCUGUGACACCUGACCACCUGCCUGCCUGACACCUGCAAGACACCUGCCUCACCUAACACCGUCUUUCUUGACCAUUAACUGUACCAUGUAACCCCACGCUGUCAGACACUGCACUUACCUUUGCACUAACACUGUACUGUGAAUCAUGUGAAUCUAGAGAAUCUUGAUAAUCUAGAGAUUCUUAUGAAUCAAGAGAAUCUUGUGAAUCUAGAGAAUCUUGCAAAUCUUGAGAAUCAAGAAAAUCUCAUGAAUCUAGAGAAUAUAGAGAAUCUUGUGAAUAUUGAGAAUCUUGUGAAUAUUGAGAAUGAUAUAAAUCUUGAGAAUCUGGAGAUUCUUGCGAAUCUAGAGAAUCAUGUGAAUCUAGAGUAUCAUGAAUCUAGAGAAUCAUAUGAAUCUUGUGAAUCUAGAGAACCAUGUGAAUUAGUGUAGCCUGCACUUCAUAGUAAACUCUAAUUACUUUGCACCUUGAAUCAGAUGAUGCUAUCAGACAUUUAUUUACUACAAUUUUCAAGUCUAGAUCUUUUAUUGCUUUCAAUAAAUAUCUUUCAUCUGUUGGCUCGUUGUAUUUGCAACAUACCAGUGUCUUUCUUCAACAACUUUAAAAUUACUUAUCUGAGUUGAUGAGCCUAACUGUUAUUGACAUAUCACAACUGUCAUAUUUGACAAUUCUUUUACAAUUUAUUCAUAAGCAUAUGCAAUCAGGAGCAAGAAAAUAAUUGGGACUUUUAGAAUUAUGCUUCUCAUUUGAUAACCCUGUCAUCAUGACAACAAAGUAAUACCACUGAUCCUAGCAUGACAGUCUGUGAUACGCUGAGAUUUACCCAGAAUGCAUUGUGCCUGACCUACAUCCUGUUUGUGAAAUGAAUGCACCAUAGAAGUACUGUUAUAUUGAAAGAUGUGCUGAAGUUUUACAAGAAGAUUUUCCAAGAUGUGACUACAUAUGUGUACUGACAAUGCAGAGAUAACGAAACUGUCUGUGUUUGUCAUGCCAACCCCCUUUGGUAUGCAGGAUUCGGGGGGUAUUUGGGGGAUAUUCGGGACUCAGCAUUGUGGUACAUGGGAUACACAUAAAAUUGUAUUUGGAAUGCAGAUUCAACAUUAAAAAAGAAAUGUACAUAAAAAUGUACUUUAUAUUUUUUUAUAUAUGUUUUCAGUAAUUUAACUUCAAAUUGCACCCUUUUCUCAAUGCUUUUUAGAUUUGUGUUAAGUGGUAUUCGGGACUCAGGGGUGACCAAUGAGACUCAAUUUUAGAUGGUAAAGAUUCAGAGGAGGGUGGUGUUAGCAUGCUCGUAACUGCAAGUGUAGCAGGGCGUGGAGUCAUUUCACAGAUGACAUCCUUACCUUGUCAGCUUGCUGACGAGGAUAACCUCUUUGGUCAUGUGGACAACGCGUCCGACCUCGGAUCAGAAGGUCCGUGGUUCUAAUCCCAUCACGGGAUUCAGAAAUUUUAUGGCCGCUACACAAGCAUUAAGCUAGCAAUAACAACAUAAUGUCAGGAGCGAGAUUCAGCCCACCUGAAAUCUCAUCUUGAACUGCAACAGUAACAAACAUUGCAAUAUCAUCAUGAUCGUAGGUCUAUUAGACAGUAUGCCAUUCGUCUUUUGUUUUCAAUAAUGUCUUUGGCCUGAUUUUCUUGUAUGGGAGUAUGGAAUCAAUGUAUAUUUGUUUCUUUCACAAGCAAGAGAAGUGCCUUUAAUAUGUGAUGUAUGGUGCUAGAGGUGUCUGAAUGAUCAAUAUAAAAUGGCCCAUGGUGACUUGAUUUGAUUCAAAUGGCAUACUUGUAUUACAAUGAUUACCUCAAAUGUUUACAAUAUAUAAAUACUAACUUAUGACAGAUAUUUAUCAACAGCCAACAUUACUUAAGUCAUUUUGUUUUAACUUCCUAGUUAAUUAAAUGGUUAAUUACAGCAUCAAGAUUAUCGAGUACUGUAGUUUCUCAUUUCUUAAUAAUAUAUUUAUAUAAGCUAUCCCAUUGAUUUGCACAUAUCAUGUUGUCAGGCCAGUAUAUAAGGCAAGGGUUCUUUACCUUUGCGUAUCAUAAUCAUUCCGAAAAUCAUAUAUUGUGUGCUUUAUUGCUUCAUAUGGCAAUUUUAUUUACAAAUAGAAAAAAAAAGACUUGAAAUGAUUUUUUAAUUUGUUUUAGGCUUUUAAUUUUUUUAAAUUACUAAAAUAUAAUAUAUAAAAAAUAAGAAGAAGAAUAAUAUAUAAUAAAUGCAUAUUUACAUUGCUGUAUGUCCAUCUCCUAAUGCGCGCUUAUGGUGCUGCAUAAUUAUUACUCUGGUCAAUGGAUCAGUGUUGACACAGGAUAUUCUCAGCAACCCUACCUGUCUGUUUAGGUGCUAGAAGGUUUUGCAUUUACAUUACCAUUUGCCGUUGGCUGAUGAAAUUAGGAUGUCAUGCCUAAAUUAUGUAAUGUUUUUAAAGAUUUACAGUUGUUAGGGAAACAGUGUUUCAGUUUUCUUAAAAUUUUGCUUUGUUUCUCUUGAUUAACAGGCAGUGUCAGAAUGCCUUGCCUAACUGUACAACCUCCUUGCACACCUAUCCAUAACCCUAGCAUUGCACCUGUUGUCACUAACAGUACAUUUGGAUGUUGACUGUACCAUAUUCGACGUGAUAAGCGCCCCACUGUAAUAAGCGCCCACGGCGAUAUUUGCUAAUAUAUUGGCUAGUGAACAAUCCCCCUUCCAAUUGAUCAAUGUACACAAGAUUUAUUUAUUC